AUGCUGUUUUCAUCCAUAUACCCAGUAGCAUUCCUGCUAGCAUCCGUCGGUACUGUUCAUUGUGCGGGGACAAUAGAGACGAUAACGGUGAUAUCGACAAUAGUAAAAGACAUACAGCAGAAUGAUCCUAAUUUUUGGAACGCGUCAAAAGUCCAUGUCGUCAAGCAGGACCUCUUCUCACCUGCCAUAGUCAUAGAAAUUCUAGAAUCGUAUACCAAACUGCUACAGAGUCCUGCGAUCCGUUGUAACUACCAACUCCGUGGCGCUAAAGGUGCGUCCCAUGCCUUAUCAUCCCGUUGCCAGACCUUUGAGGACUGGUGGGCGCGUAGGCGGUGGCCCGCCGUCCCAUCGGACCCAAUGUGGUUUCAAGGUACGUUGGCUGAGGGACUGAUCGAUACUGUCAAUAGCACCGUCCACAGACAUGUGCCGCAAAUGUAUACGAUGAGCCGGCAUCUAGAUGUCGAGAGUGAGAAUGAACAAUCCAACCAAGAACAAACAGACUUCCACUAUACAAAGCUACGGACAGACGCCGAGAAAGCCGUCACUGCGUUGAAUGCCGCGGUUGAAGGUCAGAGUAAAAGUAUUCCUAGGAUUGAUCCUAUGGUGUCGACGAUUGCUGCUCGUGCCAGGAGAUUCGCCGAUAAUCUCGAGGAAUUCCACAGAAUUAUGGCUUACUGCAUCAAGAGAAGUGGAAGCCGGAAUACGGGCGAUGAUAGUGGACCAAAUGUAAAUUCAAAGAUGCAGACAAUGAAUGAUAUCAUUUCACAAAUGUCCGACUCGGUUUUCAGACAUAGCAACUCCCUUGCGUCAAAGCCAACUAUCCAAGACGACGGUUCACUAGAUGAAAAGAUUUCGAAGUUGUACAUAAGAUACGUACUUGAUUUCCUUGAGGAUAGGGAAGUUAGCACCGAUGGCUUCAUAGCUCGACAGGGGAUCCACGACACAUACGAGCAACUCCGUAAUGGUCUUCAACUAACUCAAGGUAUCCAGGAUGUAGCUGACAGAGUCUUAGCUAGUACGAGAAAAGCGUUGGAGAAGCAGCAGCAAGGAGAAACCUACAAGUGGGCACAGAUCUCCGUAGAAGAGAUGGCUACCAACCUGGACAGAACCAGACUCCUCAGCGGGUUUACUCAGGCGUUAGUAACCAACGCAACUGAACUGACUAGGGACAUGGAUAUGGCAAACAGAAGGUGGGCCGACGAGGCUGCGGCGUUGAUCUCACGCGCGAAAGGGCUGGAGCCUCAAGAUGAAGGCGAGGAGCCGAAACUGGGUAAACGAGUACAGACUAUAAAUCCGCAGACGGGAUUGCCGCUUACGACACAGUACUUGUACGAGUAUGAAAUUCGGGCGCCGUGGAAAAUGGCAGGAGAUAUACGGAAGGCGGUCGACCAGCUCGAGUACGUAUGGUCGACGGUGGUGUCGUGCGAAGACGAGCUGGCGUAUAUGGACAUCUGCGAGGCGACCAACUUAGACCCGGAGAAGAAGAAGCAAGAGCUACGCCGGAGGUUCCGGUUGCCCAGCGGACGUGGUGAUCGGGACGUACCGUCUUGCGAUUCUUUUUCAAAUCCAUUGCUUAUGAAACGCAUAUGUAUAGAUGAGUAUAAGCUUUAG